UUCCGGUGGGGAAGGGAAGUGACGCGACGGCAGCAAUGGAGGAGAGGUUUUGUCCAGAAAUGCUCAACUAUGCACCCAGGCGAUAUCCCAGGGAAUCUUAUGAAGAAAAUACACAAUACGAUGGCCUUCCCUAUGGUGACUAUGAAUCUCCAUCUCACAGAUCGGAGAGAUGGAGGAAUAUAUCCAGUCAGGCAGAAAUGCCUUCCGAAGAUAAUAGAAGAUAUUAUGAUGAUGCUUCCUAUUCUGCUUCAGGAAGAGAGAAUUACUUGGAGCACCAUGAGAGAGAUGAUCACCAUUCACAGUAUAACGAAUUAAGGAGCCCCAUUGAACCCGGUGGGAAUCCAGGGUUAUUUGGAAGACAAGCAAAUUCCAAUGACAGUCCUACCAGGAGAGGAUCCAGCAUCUACAGAAGAUCAGUGAGCCCUAUUGAGUCUAGAGAUCGGUCAGGAUCAUACAGAAGGCAAACAAGCCCAAAUAAUUGGCAGUCUCGGAGUCCAAUGCAUGACUCAAGAGAUUAUCAAUUCUAUAGGAGAUCCCAAAGUCCUAAUGGCAGAGAUGGUCAAAGUUUAUACAAUAGGUCCCAAAACCCUGUUGAUAAAACAGGACACUCAGAAUCUCACAGGAGAUCCUGGAGCCCUGGUCAUGAGUCCAGGGAUCAAGGAUCUAACCCUAGAUCUAGGAGUCCUGUUAAGGCACCUGAUGCAGAGUUAUACAAGUUAUUAAGUAAUGUUAUUGAUAAUGCUCGGCGUAUGGCGGCUAGUAAGAAUGAUCCCUCUCACACAUCCUGGAGAGACCCAUCCAGGGACUGCUCUCAAAUGGAUUCUUCCAUUUACCAGACCACUACACCUACAGAUGGGUUCCAUGUAGCAGAGGAUUAUAACCCUCGCUUGAACCAGCACAGUUCUAUUCAUAAAAACACAGAAGUUUCCAGAAGGGGUCAUUCUUUUUCUAAAGUGCCUCCUAAAAAUACAAGAGGGCCUUUGCUUAAGCGUCCAAAGGUUCAAGGGCGACAAGGCCUUCUAGGCAGAGCCCCUGGCCUUCUGGGGACAGCCCCUGGCCUUCUCGGGGUAGCCCCUGGCCUUCUAGGGACUGCCCCUGGCCUUCUAGGGACCGCCCCUGGUCUUCUAGGAACCGCCCCUGGUCUCCUAGGGACAGCCCCUGCUGGUUUAGUGGGGCCUUCUGUGUCCAGCAUGCCAGUGACCACCUACAAAAAUGUUUCCACAGACUCUUCUGCUCAUUUGCAUCCAUUGGGGAAUAUAUCUGCUCUAGGUAGUCAAAUGGAACUGGGACAGCAAAUAAUAAAAUGGGCUGGUUUUCAUAGUGUUGCUGUUGACCGUUCCAUAAAUAAAUUUGACCCCAACACAGAUACCUAUUCUAAGGUAGCAACGGCCUUCCAGUGCUUGAUGGCAAAGCAACAUCAGGAUAUCUGUGAUUCGACAUUAGUGGCACAUUUAGGCCUCACAUACCCUGUGAUAGAUAACUCUUUUGUGUCUCUAUUGAUAAGGAAGAAAGUCAUUGCAAGUAGGUUAGAGUUGGAUGAUAUUAUGCAGAAAGAAGAAUCUCUUUUACAAGAGAUACAGAGCAAGCUGCUGGAAUGCAUAGGUCCACUUCUUGUAGCAAGCAGUAACCAUGAGCUAAGCUCUAAGUCGCAAAGCUCACAGACCCCUGACAACGUUGCCAGUGAGCUAGAGCAGGCGAUCAUUGCUUGCCGCCAAUCAAUGGUGUUCAUUGGGCAAAUCUUUGCUUUUGUCAGCGAAGAAAGAAGGAGAAAUCUGUUGGAGAAGACCGGGCUGAUCUCAGUGGCUCCUAAGUACGAUUAUUUUAUGAAUCUGGAAAGCAAUCAGCUGUUUGGGAACAAAUACACAAAUGAGCUGAAGAACCGAGUGGAGCAAAUCUACCUCCCCCCAUUAUAUAGCCAGGUUUCUUGUUCCAGUAAGUUCAUGACAAAAGCGGAGGAACAAUCAAAGAAUGAUGCAGCAAUCAAGCCCUCAAAAAUUUCCUCUUUGGCAGAUGCCAAAGCAAGCAUGCAGACUGAGAAAGGUUCUUUAGCACUCACUGAUGACAGUGGCAUGUGCAUGGCAGAGAAAGAUACACCAUCAGCAGCUGGUGAGAGCAUCCACCCCCCAGAAGACACACAGGUCAAGACCAUUAUUGAUAAACUGGCUAUGUUUGUAGCAGAGAAGGGCGAAGCAGCAGAGAAAGUAGUCAUCCAGUACAAGAAAGAGGACUCCAAAUAUCGGUUUUUGCUUGACACAAAAAGCAAUGAAUACAGGUAUUACAAGCAUAAAGUGGCACAGUUCUCUAGAGAAAACACCUGCCAGUCAAGCAAACCUGCUGAGAACAAAGGAUCAGGGUACAAAGCAUCCACAGACAACACAAGUGCACUCCAAAAAGAGUUCCUGAUGAAAGUUGAGAAUUCAAAAACAUGUCCAACUACAGAAAAAGAUGAUCCUCUCGGUGACACGAAGACGAGAACCACUGCGGAGAAGCUGGCCAAGUUUGUGGCUGAAUGUGGCCCAGAGCUGGAAGAGAUUGCCUUUGAAAACAAUCGGGAUAAUCCAACCUUCUGGUUUCUCUACGAUGAGAACAGUUCGUACUUCAAAUACUACAAGGAGAAGGUGAAGGAAUACAGCAGGAUGGUCGAGAAAUCCAAUACUUCCAUAGAUCCUGUACCAGAGCCGGCAUCCUCGGGGCGUUCCGUUCUUCCCAGAAAACGGAAGGGACUGACAUUGAAAGUUGGCAUGCUGCCACCCAAAAAACUCCGCCCAAAGGCAACCUCAUCACCGGUCCGAGAGCUGAAGAGAAUUGGCUAUGACAGGCCAACAUACAAACCGAAGAAAAAAACGAAAAAUGAGGAUAUAAAUUACACUAAAAACAAGCUGGCGGUGGACAAUGUUGGGUACAAGAUGCUGCAGAGGAUGGGCUGGAAGGAUGGAGAGGGUCUGGGCUUAGAAAAACAGGGCAUCAGAGACCCUGUUAACAGGGGUGUGACAUCUACAGACAGGUCUGGGUUAGGAGUUGGCGUUACUGCAGAAAUGGAUGAGGCGGAUAAUGAGUUCGCAACUUUCCGUAAACGGAUGAUGGUAGCGUUCAGAACCAAGCUGCUGUCUAAAUCCUAGGUUAAUUUUGGGCUAGUGAUGCUGUGAGUUGCUGGAAAGUGGAGGAUGGUCUUCAUUGCACAAGCUGAGAGGAUUUGAAGCCACAGGAAGUGAAAUGACCUGAAAAUUCAGAAUGCUUAAAAUGGAAUCUAUCCAGAGGAUAAAUGUAUGAUGGAGCCCAUUAUACCUGGUGACUUGUUAUACCUAGUAACCUAGUAAUUCACGAUACUUGGUAACUCACUGACCACAAAACAACAAAAUCCAGUGCUCCAUUUGGAUAUUCCAAAUUAUCCAAUCAUUCAACUGGAAGCAAAUGUUGGUGUAUCUCAUUGGUCAACCCAGAUGUUUACACUUGGUUCUUUUGAUGUCAGAAGAUGAACUGUUAUAGGAAAUCUAAAAUACACUUGUUUCAUUUUCUUUUUUACAAUGUGUCUUAACAUACUCUCCAUUUUAGAUGUUUUUCAUAGCAGACUAACUAGGCUGCCUGUGUCCUCUCUCUCUUUCUAUAUAUACAUAUGCACACACACACACGUGUGUGUAUAUUUAUAUAUACACAACCCAAUUUCAGGUAAUAUUUUGGAUUUUGCUGUUGCACACCCUGGUCUUAGGUAAGUAUCUGUUUCGACCGCACGGCAGUUCACAGUUGCAUCUUCAACAAGUUGCAGGUGGGAGACUGGGUGUCUACCCAAACAUACGGUUGGUAGCACAGCAUGCUUUCGGACUGCAGAUGGAGACUCUCCUUGCACCUUGACCUUUGGGAUAAUGCAGCCAGCCAUAGCCAAACCAAGUAUUAAUCUAGGGACAGUCUACAUCACUUAUUUUUGCUUGUGGGCAGAGUAUCUCACCAUCACAGGCAAAAACAAAUACAAAAUGGAGCACGUGGAGAGACAGUUAUUCAGUUCUUCCAACAGCCAGAAGAAGAUGUGUCAAGUGGAGGAUCCAAUAAGAGGUUAACUGAGUGUUGAUAUUGACGCUGCAGGGGCAGAUUUGUAGUGAAACCGUAAACACAUAUAUAGAACACACGUUUUAGAGCCUCACCACAGAUUAUGUCUUGCCCUUCACAAUGCCAACAAUUCCUGCACUGACCCCAUUGUCAUAAGGUGUGCCCAAAGCCCACUGGGCAAUGGCACAGACGUGCAAGGACAAUCCUACCAAGGGUGCAUUCAAGCACAGAGGGUGCACCGUGGGGAUUAGGAGGUGUUCUCAUUUAACCACAAGCGUAGCUGUAUGGUCUUGGUCAGAUGUAAGCAGACAAGAGAUGACAGCACGAGACUGAAUAUGCAUCAAGAGCCUAGUAGGGUGACAUGCCCUAAUGAAAAAUUCUUAUAGCGCUAUGAGUUGUAAAGAGUAUUGUAGCGAACGUGCUUGUUCAGAUUCCUGUGUUCUGUGCCGUUCUCUUUACUUAGCUAUCGUGUUUGUCAUGUUAUUUAUAUCAGUAGUCAAACAUUGUGAGAUUUUGCUGAAUUAUUUAGUGUUGCUUUACUUAACUUGGUCACCGUGCAUGCAGCACGUGGUGUGGUAGAAUCAUUCACCACUGGCCUCACCUACCCCGCACAGCUGAACUAAAGGUGCCACCUGAAUAUUAUCACCUUUGGUAGUCAAUGAGUUAAAGAGAGUGAUGGUUUCUUACAGGUGAAAAUUUAUAAUCUGGAUAUACUGAAAAAAAAAAUAAAGCGUGUGUGCUUAAAA